UUUGCUCUCUUCUUUCUUCUCUGUAGGAGAUGAAGAAUGGAAAGGUAGCUUAACGAGAAAACUUUGUGGGGGAAGAAGGGAGUCCUCUGUGUGUCGUCUUGUUAUGAAAAAACUCGAAGGAAAUAGCCGAUUCCCUGGCUGAUCCCAUAGCAUCCGGGCUGGGACUUGCACUCGAAACGCAGUGGUGGCUGCUGCGAGAGUGCCCGCAGCCAUUUGACUCACCUUCUCUUGUCACCGUGGUCUCUUUAGGUUACCUACAGUACUGCAGGACCAGUGUUUACGAGAUCUCUCAGAAGCUCAGAGAGCAUCACUGAGUAGAUUCUCUCUACUUAGAGCCCCGAAACAGAACCCUGAAUUUAUUCUCUGCCGCUGGACAGCAGUCCCCCAACCCGUCCCUCAGCGAGACGCACACCACUCUCCGUGAAAAGAAACGAGAGUCUGAAUGCCAGUCUGAUGAACCUGUUUGCUUCGUCAUGGGCACCGCCAGCGAUGAGUUUGUCUCGGCGGAGCAGAGCUCUUCCUUGAACCCUCUGUGCUUUGAGUGUGGCCAGCAGCACUGGACAAGAGAGAAUCACCUAUACAACUACCAGAACGAAGUGGACGACGACUUGGUUUGCCACAUUUGCCUUCAGCCUCUGUUGCAGCCCCUCGACACCCCCUGUGGCCACACGUUUUGCUCCAAGUGCAUCAGGAACUUUUUACAGGAGAAGGACUUCUGCCCGCUGGAUCGCAAAAGGCUCCAUUUUAAACUGUGCAAGAAAUCCAGCAUCCUGGUCCACAAGCUCUUAGACAAAUUGCCCAUUCUCUGCCCCUUCUCUGCCGUGUGCCAGGAUGUGAUGCAACGUUGUGACCUGGAGGCCCACCUGAAAAACAGGUGUCCUGGAGCUUCCCACCGGAGAGUUGCCCUGGAGAGAAGGAAAACUAGCAAAUUACAGACAGAGAUUGAGAAUGAAAAUGGGCCUGGCAUAAUAGAUCACCCAGGUACUUUAUCACCAGACCCAGAUGCUGCCGGAACAGGAACGGUGCCAGCAGAGCGGAACUUUACAUCAACAUCUCUUCCUGUGUGGACAGAUGAUCCUGGCUUUGACAACCCCGCUUUUGAGUCGAGCACAAUAGCAGACACUACCCAACAACCUCCUAGUUUACCCGAAGGAGAAAUCACGACAAUUGAAAUUCAUCGGUCCAAUCCAUACAUCGAGUUAGGAAUCAGUAUAGUGGGUGGCAAUGAGACCCCAUUGAUCAACAUUGUUAUCCAAGAAGUUUAUCGCGACGGGAUCAUUGCCAGAGAUGGAAGACUCCUUGCUGGAGACCAAAUACUUCAAGUCAACAACUUUGACAUCAGCAACGUGUCCCACAACUAUGCCAGAGCGGUGCUUUCCCAGCCUUGCAGCACCCUACACCUCACCGUGCUCCGAGAGAGACGCUUUGGCAGCCGGCUCCUUAAUCACCCCGAGAGCGGCUGUCCGCGAGAGGAGAGCUUCCACGUGACCCUUCACAAGCGGGACUCGAGCGAACAGUUGGGCAUUAAGUUAGUUCGCCGGACGGACGAGCCAGGAGUCUUUAUCCUUGACCUGUUGGAGGGAGGACUGGCUGCCCAAGAUGGGAGACUCAGCAGCAACGAUCGCGUGCUGGCCAUUAAUGGGCACGACCUGAAGCAUGGCACGCCCGAACUUGCAGCGCAGAUUAUCCAGGCAAGUGGAGAGAGAGUAAAUUUAACCAUCGCCAGGCCCGGGAAAGCCCAGACCGGGACCAGUAUCCGGGAGUCGGGGACGAACGGUAAUGGCGGGGGCCAGAUCCAGCACCAGGCGCAGUCACCGUAUCCAAGCAGACCCAGCUCUCAUCGGGAUCUCUCCCAGUGUGUUACCUGCCAGGAGAAGCACAUCACUGUGAAGAAGGAACCCCACGAGUCCCUGGGGAUGACGGUGGCGGGAGGCCGAGGGAGUAAGAGCGGCGAGCUGCCCAUCUUUGUGACUAGCGUUCCUCCACACGGCUGCCUGGCCCGGGAUGGCAGAAUCAAGCGAGGCGACGUCUUGUUGAACAUCAAUGGUAUCGAUCUGACCAAUUUAAGUCACAGCGAGGCAGUGGCCAUGCUGAAGGCCAGCGCCGCGUCCUCGGCCGUAGCCCUCAAAGCGCUGGAAGUCCAGGUGGUUGAAGAACAGACCCAUGGAGACGGGGAGCAGCCCAACCCAGUCAGCGAAAACGAGUACGACGCCAGCUGGUCCCCGUCCUGGGUCAUGUGGCUUGGGCUCCCCAGCGGUCUUCAUAGCUGCCAUGACGUGGUUCUACGGAGAAGUAACUUGGGCAGCUGGGGCUUCAGCAUUGUAGGUGGAUAUGAGGAAAACCACACGAACCAGCCUUUCUUCAUUAAAACCAUUGUCCUUGGAACUCCGGCCUAUUACGAUGGAAGAUUAAAGUGUGGUGACAUGAUUGUGGCCGUUAAUGGACUCUCCACUGUUGGCAUGAGCCAUUCCGCACUAGUCCCCAUGCUGAAGGAGCAGAGGAAUAAAGUAACUCUGACCGUUAUUUGUUGGCCCGGAAGCCUCAUAUAGGCCUAGAACCCCGGUUUGGUUCCCGCGUCUUAUUUUUCUAGAAAGCUAGAGGAAAACCUCCAGUUUGUUAGAGGCGGUGUUUUUCUAAACCACACAGAUACAGCUGGUCAAAGAACCAGGGCCAAAGUCUGCUAGAUUCUCCUCCCUUCCGAGGGCCCCUUCAAACCUCACCACCCUCGUCUCCUCUUCGAAACAGCCGGUUCCUCGGAGCUUCGUUCCGCCGUUUCCUCAGCGUUCCGAGUGGUCCCACGGCAACCCGUGAUUGGGAAAUGAGGCUUCCCGGGUCUCCCCGUCGUGGACCGACCCAGCGAGGUGCGUGGUUGCCCUUAGCCUUUUUCAGAUUGAGUAGGAAAAUGUGAGCCGUGGGCUCGCCCUCCAUGGAGGGAGACGGGUGUCAGUGAUGCUGUCGGGGAUGGAGUUUGCCGCCGUGCGUCAGAGCCGGUUUCCCGAAGGGAAUCGUUUCCAUCUGGGGUCGCCAUCAUCCGCGGCGUUCGGUGGUGCCAACAUUUCAAAGACCCGUCCCUUUCAGGGGGUGAUUUUCAGUUCCUUUGUUUCGAUUGCAAUGUGUUCUUAGAAGGGGCCCAAGCCCGAUAUUUCUAAGGAGAUUUUUCAGGACGUGCAAUAAUCGGAAUAUUUGUUAGGAAAUUCGGAAUACGAUAAUGGUCUAACCAAUGAUGAGAAAGGGGAGGAGGAAGAUAAUGAUGGUCUCAGAGCUUGAGUCAGUUAAUGUGAAUCCACUGCACCUACACAAACAACAGUCAGCUUUAAACUCUUCUUUCCAAAGGAAGGUUUUGUAAUACUCGAAAAUUUUGAUCAGGUUGUUUUUAUAGUGUCAUUUUUAAGGUUUGUAUCGUUCUCGGCAACCUUCUGCAGAAGCGUGUUUUCGUGACUCCCGACAAGCCAGUGUUUCUUCUGAAGGUAAAACCGCCUUCUUAUCAAAGCGUUUACCGCAAUUAAGUGGGAGGCAGAAUCCUUUCCCGGCCUGAGUCCUGUGGAGAAUCGAGAACCUUAUUUUCCCAGGUUAUUUCCUCCACUGAAGAAGUAGAUAGAUGCCUCUAUGUAAAAAAGACAGAGAAUUUAUCUCUGGGAGCUGAACAGUUCGCUUCCUGGGUUACUGUCCUAUAAUUUGCUGUUGAGAUCAUCACAUUCUGGCCCCCCCCAAAAAAAGGUUACGGGCAUAUUUUGGUUCGUUCUUUAAACAUACCAGUUUUGUUUUUUUAAAGUUAUUUUAUUUCAAGGACCUGUUGGAAAUGGCAUGUUGAGUUGUAGCAAAAUCUGAACGUUGUUAAUGUUCUGCAUACUUGAAGAAGUUUCAGUUAGAGACCUAGUUCAGAGUCCAAACUAACUGCCAACUGACCCCAUCUGUAUUGUACUGAAUGGUAUUACCCAAGAAUGAAUUUGAAAAAAAUCACUCCAGUACCUGGUCAAGCAUGAACCUCCAUCUCUCACAUGCGAUCACGUAAAAGUGAUCGCACCGCUUUCAUGGCAUGUCACUGAAGAAUUCCUGCUGCUUUUGCAAUGAAACACUUUUUAAGCCCCUCUUAAGGAAACGAGCAGCAGUAGCUGUCCUCGUUUUAUCUGGGGCCACUCUUACUCUGUCUAGUCUGUACACAACGAGGAUCCAGCCUAGCUUCCCCUACAGUAUAUUACUGUAAGAUGAACCUUGGCUUUUGAAGCAACCUGAGGUGAAAAUGCUUUGUUAUUCUUCUUAACAUGGAAAAAGUUUCCUCCCACUCACAAAAGAAAUUGAAUUUUAUAACCUACUUUUGCUAUGUUUUCAACUGUUUUCUAAAAAGUGUGUCAUCUCCAAGUGUCGUGGCCAACAGCAACCCCCCUCCACUGCUUCAUUCGUUACGAAACACUCCGUUAUGAACCAGAUAGCAUAUGUUUGACCCCUUAAAGAGGGAAAUAGUCUCAUUUUUCUAUUUUUUGCAUCAUGAGAAGCAUGACUUGGCUUUGGGGGUGGGGUCUCAUUGCGGGCGAGCUGCAGCUUUUGAUCGGAAUGAUGUUUGGUGAUGGGAACUUGUUCGGAAUAUACUCUCGCCAUCGAAAUCGCUUUUUUCCUUUACGACCGUGAAGUGACACCUUUUGGUUUGUUCUUCUGUGCCUUCAGUUUAAAUUAUUUACAGGUAUCUCAGAUGUGGUUAUCUAACGGUAUGUUAUUAAUGAAGGGUGAACAGAAAUAAAAGUCAUCCUGCCACGACAA